AGCACUCCACCUCUUCGUCUCAUUCUCUUCUGUAUAGAAAUUCCAUUUUAAAUUCACAGCUAUUGCCCUGUGAUUCCCUCUGUUCCCAUUGACUUCAUCCUCCAACGCCCAGUUCCCUCGCUCUUCCUCUUCUCACGUCAUCCACAUAAUUCGCCCCAGUGCGCAAAGACCUCAAGCCUCCAUAGCUCGAAUUUUUGGAGGCCAGUCCGUCGCGACAUAUCAGUAGACCACCGCGCAGCUCCGGCUGCAAGAAUCAGCUUUAAAUGGCCUCUCCAGACCGUGUUCCCGGCGAGGAAUAUGACUAUGAGGCGCUUCCUUCGAAUUACUCCCUCGGGCAUAAUAUGAUAGCCGGUGCUUUCGCUGGUAUUGCGGAACACUCUGUUAUGUACCCAGUCGAUCUCCUGAAGACUCGAAUGCAAGUUUUGAACCCUUCUGCUGGAGGAUUGUAUACAGGUCUUAGCAAUGCGUUUACUACGAUUUCGCGCGUUGAAGGCUGGAGGACACUUUGGAAGGGUGUAUCGAGCGUCAUUGUCGGCGCUGGCCCUGCUCAUGCUGUCUAUUUCGGCACUUAUGAAGUAGUUAAGGACCUUGCCGGAGGUAAUGUUGGAGAUGGCCACCAUCCAUUCGCUGCAGGUUUGAGUGGAGCAUGCGCAACUAUUACAAGUGACGCAUUGAUGAAUCCCUUUGACGUCAUCAAACAACGGAUGCAAGUCCAUGGCUCUACGCACAAGACCAUCUGGCAAUGUGCCACAACUGUCUAUCGGGCCGAAGGAAUGCGCGCUUUCUACGUAUCUUAUCCGACAACAUUGUGCAUGACAAUUCCUUUCACUGCUACUCAAUUUAUCGCAUACGAAUCCACGUCGAAGAUAAUGAAUCCGUCCAAGAAAUAUGACCCCCUCACCCACUGUGUCGCUGGCGCUUUAGCUGGAGCAGUUGCAGCAGCGGUUACAACACCUCUCGAUGUUAUCAAGACCGUACUACAAACACGAGGACUCGCAAAGGACGACGAAGUUCGAACCGCUCGCGGUUUAUUCAACGCAGCUGCCAUUAUCAAGAAACAGUACGGCUGGUCUGGGUUUUUCCGUGGAAUGCGACCUAGAAUCAUCGCCACAAUGCCAAGCACUGCUAUUUGCUGGAGUUCAUACGAAAUGGCCAAAGCAUAUUUCAAGAGACACUACGGCGACUCCGCCGCCUAGACGUUGGUAUACCCCCACGCUUUCAGUGCCUCUUCCUUUAUUGUGUAUAUGUUCUGUAUCGAAACAUGUGCACUAGAUUAUUCCCUUUAAUAAUGCGGCAGAUUUCUAUCCUUUGCUGGAUGAAAAAGUAUGGAACGGUUUCUCCUGGGUUUAGAUUUUAUAUUUUCACACUUGUCGUUUUUUUACAUCUUGGGUUGGGCGUCCAGUGGCAGAGAGGCUUUGUGUGCACCAGAGCAUUUCCUUUCCAUUCCCUAUCCCCUUGUCAGCUGGAAAUACAUAGGAACGAUUGAGCGGAAAUUUCUCGCUUUAAAUGUUCAAAGCACAUAAAUCCAUCAGAUUUGCUCUUAUUGGUUGGAUACAGUUCUAUCCGGUUGGAUUUUCUUUUGUUUUCUCUGCUUUAUUUAUUUUCUUCCUUUCGGCUAUGCGUGCGACUUCAGCCAGUACGCGCUCAAUGAAAUGUACCAGUUUACCGGUUUUG